AUGGCCACAGUCCGUAUUUGUGUUUGCGGUGACGAAGGCACUGGCAAGUCCAGCUUGAUCACCUCUCUGGUCAAAGACGUCUUCGUUACCACCAAGAUCCAACCCGUGCUCCCCCAGGUAACGCUGCCGCCCACGCUCGGCACGCCCGAAAAUGUCACUACCACCAUCAUCGACACUUCCGCCCUGCCGCAGGAGCGCGACAAUCUACGGAAGGAGCUGCGCAAGUGCAAUGUCAUACUGCUGGUAUACUCGGACCACUACAGUUAUGAGCGUGUGGCGUUGUUUUGGAUGCCAUACUUCAGGUCGCUCGGCGUCAAUGUCCCCGUCGUGCUAUGCGCGAACAAGUCAGAUCUUCAGGUCCAUGGAACAAUAGCGCAGAUUGUUGCGGAUGAGAUGCUGCCGGUCAUGAACGAGUUCAAGGAGAUCGAUUCGUGUAUACGGACGAGCGCCAAGGAGCACCACAACAUCAACGAGGUCUUCUUCAUGUGCCAGAAGGCUGUUACGCAUCCUAUAGCCCCGCUGUACGACUCGAAAGAGGCGUCCUUGAAGCCGGCUGCCGUCUCUGCUCUACAGCGAGUCUUCUACCUGUGCGACAAGGACCAAGAUGGCCGAUUGAGCGACAAGGAGAUACAAGACUUCCAACUGAAGUGCUUUGAAAAAAUGCUAUCCAACGACGAGCUUAUGAACAUCAAACGAUCAAUUCAAAGAUACGUGCCCGAGUCCGCAACCGAGCAGGGCAUCGACGAAAGAGGCUUCCUGCUUUUGAACAAGAUCUUUGCAGAGAAGGGUCGUCACGAGACGAUAUGGAUUAUCUUGAGGAAGUUCCAGUACACUGACAGUCUGAGCAUCAAGGACAACUUCCUGCAUCCCAAGUCCGACGUACCACAGUACUCCUCUGCCGAGCUUAGUCCAGCAGGGUAUCGCUUCUUCGUGGACCUCUUCCUUCUCUUUGAUAAGGACAACGACGGCGGCCUGAAUGAUGCCGAGCUUGCCGCGCUGUUCGCACCGACACCGGGCCUACCAGCAUCUUGGGUAGAUUCGGGCUUCCCGUCGUGCACUGUGCGUAACGAAGCAGGCUAUAUCACGCUUCAAGGCUGGCUUGCACAGUGGAGCAUGACCACCUUUGAAGAGCCAAAGACCACCCUAGAAUACCUCGCAUAUCUAGGCUUCGAAAGCUCGGACAGAGGCGGCACGACCUCCGCUCUCAAAGUUACAAAAGCUCGCAAGCGACGCAACCGACCCGGCCGCGUGGAACGGAAUGUGUUCCUCUGCUAUGUACUCGGAUCCAGCGGGAGCGGCAAAAGCUCGCUCCUUUCCGCCUUCCUCAACCGGCCCUUCACCACGACCCACAACCCUACCAUCAAACCCCGCUCAGCUGUCAACAGCGUAGAGCUCCAGGGAGGCAGGCAAUGCUACCUCAUCCUCGAGGAGCUCGGCGAGCUCGAACCCGCUAUCCUCGAGAACCAGGCGAAGCUGGAUGCCUGCGACUUGCUUUGCUACACAUACGACUCCAGCGACCCGGACAGCUUCGAGCACAUUGUCGAGCUGCGGAAGCGCUUCCCCCGUCUGGACGAGUUGCCAGCCGUCUAUACCGCGCUCAAGGCGGACCAGGACAAGACGGUGCAGCGCAGUGAGGCCCAGCCGGAUGUGUACACGGGUUCGCUCAACAUGGCGGCACCGUUGCAUGUUAGCGUCACCUGGGGUUCCAUCUCCGAGCUGUUCGUUCAUCUGGCGGAGUGCGCGACUUAUCCUUCUACGGCUUCUCCGAAGUCGGAUGACGAACCGAAAGACAACACGAGUCUGUAUAUCGCGCUUGGCGCGACUAUUUGCGCGGUUGCGGCCGCGGUCAUUAUAUGGAAGAAGAGCGCGUCAGCCUCCUCAUGA